AUGGACCCUCCUACCUUGAGCGGAAGACCAACCUCAUUUUGGAACGCCUUGCAGCGAGACUUGCAAACAAGCCUUGACAAAAACAAUAUGAUAGUCUACUUCAGGGCUUACGGAUCAGCUAAUGGUGUCUUUCCGGGCCACUGGCGACCAGUGUAUUGGACUCUCGAGGACUUUGCAUAUUUUUAUGAUUGUCCGGAGAAGGAAUCAGCUUUCGCUGCCUACGUAGAUGAAUGUGUCUCAAAGUCUAAAGAAGAUUCAAAUCCAACAUGGUGGCAAGUCGUCGAUGUCAUGAACGAACUAUUCACUCGUCCUGAUCUUCUUGUAAACUACCUAGGCCUCCGGCCUGCAGACCAGAUCGACAAGUCUAAUUGGCGCAAAGUUGAUCACGCUGUCGCUUUCAUCUGCCGGCUUCUCAAUUAUCGGGAUCAUCUCGACUCAGGCACACCGACUACCCGAGAUGAUUUCCAAACUCGACAAGCAGCCUAUGCCAGCUCUUACGGAAGGAAUAACCCUUUCUAUGCCCGGUGGGAUUCGACCGAUAAAUGGGCAGCUGCCUUUCUCCUCUUUUGUAUGCUCACGUCUGAGCGAGAAGACUACCUUAGGUUGCGAACGAUAUCGUUUCUAUCGAAGUGGUAA